UUCGGCCCAACACAACUUGGACCGAAUCCAGUCUUCUCCAUUUCAGCGGACCUUCGGCAAGGAGUUGCUUGUCUGUGAAAACAUUUGGGAAGGAAGAAGCCUGUAAAAUUAAGCUGAAAUUGCACAAUAAUUAAUCAAAAUGUACGGAGGUAACAACAGCAAUCAUGCGCUUCCCAUGUUUCUGGAUGAUAAUCGUUUUCCGCUGAAUACUAGUACACCAAACCACCAACUUCAGCUCUUUGGGAAUUUACCCGUCGGAUGUACAGUUGACCCAGUAAAUUAUUUUGGGAAUGACCACAAUUCUUCUAUUCUCCGGCCAAACAAACGAGUUAGAGAGGCUGAUGAUCUUGCAAGGCAACAGAAGCUCCAGAUCUCAUUGAAUUAUAACCUCUGCCAGGAUGAAGUUGACCGUUCAGCUAGCAUCCCAAACCAUAAUCCGGUAUCAACUGGGCUAAGGCUUUCAUAUGAUGAUGAUGGCCCCAACUCAUCUGUCACUUCUGCUAGCGGAAGUAUGACAGCAACAUCCUCCGUCCUCAUGUCACUUGGUGACAAUAUAAGGAGUGAGCUUGAACGGCAAAAGGAAGAGUUUGAUCAGUACAUCAAAAUUCAGCAAGAGCAAUUAGCAAAGGGUGUUAGAGACAUGAAGCAAAGACACAUGGCCUCAUUUCUAAACACUGUAGAGGAUGGCAUAAGCAAGAAGCUUCGAGAAAAGGAGACGGAGUUGGAAACUAUAAACCGUAAGAACAGAGAACUUAUGGAGCGAAUAAAACAGGUGGCAACAGAUGCACAUAAUUGGCAUUACCGAGCUAAGUACAAUGAGUCUAUGGUUAAUAUCCUCAAAAACAAUCUUCAGAAUGCAAUUUCUCAAGGCGCUGACCAAGGGAAGGAAGGGUUUGGAGACAGUGAGGUUGAUGACGCAACUUCUUACAUUGACCCGACUAAUUACCUCACGGUGGCAGGAGGACGGGGAAAAUCCAUUGCAGGACCCAGUACCGAGCAUUUGGCCUGCAGAGCUUGCCGAACCCGAGAAGUGUCUAUGUUAUUGAUGCCAUGUAGGCACCUGUGUGUGUGCAAGGAAUGUGAUGGAUUCAUUAGUGUCUGCCCAGUCUGCAAUAUCCCUAAAAGUGCUAGUGUGGAGGUAUACUUGUCUUGACAUCAGCUGUCCAAUGAUAUCAUGUAUUUUUCCUUGUAUGUCUUACCGAGAUGUAUACUUACCCGAAAUACCAAUUGCUGAUGAAAAUGAGACUGUCACUCGGUCAUCUGCAUUUGUUAUGAAGAGUGUUUGAUAAAUGAAAUUCAAACCUAAAAAUGUGCACAUAUGAAACUGCUCGUUUUUAACCCAAUGAAAAGGCCUUUCACAAGCAUUUGCGUGUGUAUGUA